CGGUGAUGCAAUCCUGAGGCGCGGCGGCGGCGGCGAUGCGGGGCUCGGGCGGGACGCGGGAGCGGGACGGGCCCGGGCUGGGCGGCUUCGGGCCUGCCGCCGCUGCCUGCCCCUGGGGCUGCACGCUCGGCCCCGCCGGCUGGAGCGGCGCGCCCUUCUGCCCCCGGCACCGUAUGUCCAGCUUCGCCGAGCUGCCGUCGCAAGGUCCCUCGCAGACAGUGAUUAAGUGUAAGGGGGGGGAGGUGUGUUUGCUCUGGGACGACGGCCCCAGGGUGGAUUACUACCGGCUGGGGGACGACGAUGACGAUGGCAACGACGAUUACGACGAGUACGAGUUCGAGGAAGGUUUGCAGUUCUUGGACGUUCCCGUGGCGGAGGGGGCCGUUCCCUACAGCUACUGCGGCUUCCGCAAGUCCUUCCUGUGCUCGGAGCCGCCCCCGCAGCUGCCCCGGACCCCUCCCACCGCCCUGGACGCGCGGCUGGACCGGCUGCCCACGCCCCGCCGGCCCUGGCUCACGGCAGAGGAAGCUGAGAGGAAUGCACAGGAGCUGGUGGCAGAGGAGGAGCGGGCCAAGAGGAAGGCAGAGAAGAAGAAGCUGAAGAAGAAGAAACAAAAAGACCGAAAGAAACGGGAGAAACUGGUUCAAGAGCAGAAGAACAAAGAGAACACUGACCCAAGCCCCCCAAGUGGCCCUGCAGGCACUGGGCCCCCCUCAGAUGGUGCUGAGGAUGAGGAAUGCUGCCCAGAGCCCUCCCCAUGCCCUGGGGACUCCACACUCCCCUCGGGGGAGCCUGGCCCGGAGGACACAGCGGUGGCAGAGGAGGAGCUGGACCUGAGCUGCACUUUUGUCUGCAAAGCACGGGAGAAGGCGGGGGUCAGGCUGCCCCCCCCGGGCAGUGAGCCGUCCCCCGGGACACAGAACGUGGAGCCAAGCAGGAAAGUGCCCGAGAAGGGAAAUGGGGACCCUGUGGAGAGACCUGUGUCCCCCCAGCCCCCCCAGGCCAGGCCCCCCAGCCCCAGCACCAUAGAGCAGAGCCUGGCGCUUGCAGGCCACGGCAUCGAGGCAGCCCAGAUGGGCCAGCACACCGAGGCCGUUUGGGCGUUCACCGUCGCCCUGGAGCUGAACCCCCGGGAACACCGGCUCCUGGGGAACCGCUCCUACUGCCUGGAGAAGCUGGGCCGCUACGAGGAGGCGCUGGCGGACGCGGAGGCGGCGCUGGCGCUGCAGCCGGGCUGGCCCAAGGGCUCCUUCCGCAAGGGCAAGGCCCUGAAGGGGCUUCAGCGCUACGCCGAGGCCGCACGCACCUUCGAGGAGCUGCUGCUGCAGGAUGCGGCCUACGCUGAGGCAGCCACGCAGCUGGAGGCCUGCCAGGCCCUGCUGCAGCAGUGCAGCCGCCCCGGGGGUGUCCCCGUGUCCCCCUUCCUGCUCAAGGCUAAGGAGCCGCUGUUUCUCCCUGCAGGAUGGACGACCAGGAGCUGCCAGGACACAGGUGACAAAAACGUGACAGGAGGCAGUGCCAGGACCCCCACAAAAGACCCAGAACGGGCACCUGCUGUGGCCAGUGGCUGCCCAACACUGCCACCGAGCCACCCUGCCAGGGACUGCUUCCCGCUCUGGGUGGGCAACGUCACCUCCCACAUCACUGAGAAGGUGCUGCGUCGUGCCUUUGGCCGGUUUGGGGAGAUCUGCUCCGUGCGGCUGCUCCCGGGGCGCCGCUGUGCCUUCAUCAACUUCCGCGGGAAAGCUGAUGCCGAGGAGGCCUUUAGGGCCAUGCAGGGUGCCACCGUGGAGGGCAGCAAGCUGUUGCUGCAGCUCAAGCACCCGGCCCACGCCACGCCGUGCCCCGCGCCCCGUGCCAAGGGCAAGGCCACCCCCGGGGGGCUGCUCAGCUGACCCUGCCCUGGUGGGGGGCCCCUGGCAGCCCCCCCUCACCUGCCUGUACCUGCCUGUGCCUUGUCCCCCACUGCCAGGGGUGGGAGUGUCUCCCCGUCCUGCCUUGGGGGUGCCCACCCUCGUGCUGAGGGGGUGGGCCUGGGCUGUUCCCGUGGCCCCUCAGGGAUUUGUAGCAAUUUGGAUUUUUAAUAAAGCUGAGAUUUGUUUUUC